UACCGUUCUAAAUAUAAUUUGUGAAACGCUUUAUGAACUCUUGCACUACACGUGUUUUUCAAGUAAACGUCCAACAGUCGACUCUUGUCCUUCCCAAUUCUGGAGCCGAUUUUGGAUCUACGAAAGGUAAGAAGAUAUCCUAGAAAAUGCCUGAGCAGAGUAAUGACUACAACGUCGUAGUGUUUGGGGCUGGGGGCGUUGGAAAAAGCUCCCUGGUGCUACGUUUUGUCAAAGGGACCUUUCGAGAAACGUACAUUCCCACCAUUGAAGACACCUACAGGCAGGUGAUCAGCUGUGAUAAGAGUGUCUGCACCCUUCAGAUCACUGAUACCACAGGCUCACACCAGUUCCCAGCAAUGCAGCGGCUGUCCAUUUCCAGGGGACAUGCGUUUAUCCUAGUCUACUCCAUCUGCAGCCGUCAGUCCCUGGAAGAGCUAAAACCCAUCUACCAGCAAAUCCUUCAGAUCAAAGGCAAUAUCGAGAACAUCCCAGUCAUGUUGGUGGGGAACAAGUGUGAUGAAACAGCCAAAGAGGUGGACAGCAAGGUAGGGGAGGCACUGGCUUCGGAAUGGAAGUGUGCAUUCAUGGAGACGUCCGCCAAGAUGAAUUACAAUGUCAAAGAGCUUUUUCAGGAACUGCUUAAUUUGGAAAAACGCAGAUGUAUGAGCCUGAAUAUUGAUGGGAAGAAGUCCAAACAGCAGAAGAGAACAGAGAAAUUAAAGGGAAAAUGCAGCAUCAUGUAGACUGUACUCUGCAGUCAAAUGGGCAGUUUUACUUACUUCAAUUAGACUAUUAGGCAAUCUGUACAGAACAGCAUCCAUGCUACACCAUCCCAUACUGUAUAUUAAUUCAGCAUUCUGUCCUCUAUAAGCUGACUAAAGCACUAUAACUUGCCAGCGUCAAAUUUUCUUUGUUACUCAUACUCAUUGUAUUUUCUAACUAUUUAGAGUUUAGAUAAUAAAACAGAUAAAUAACAAAGAACAUAAUUUCAUCCAAGGCAAAAUUUAAUGACAAAGCAGAUGAGCUUCAGCUAGCUUCCACUGGAAUCACUCCCUCAAGGUCUUUAACAAGAAUUCCUUUGACUGUCCAUUCUCCCAAGCAUAGUUUGUAGUGUUAUAGUGGGGAAAUGUACAAUCCUUGUAGGUACAGUAUGAAUACUUCAUUACUUUUGGUCUCUGUGCCUAUUAUCCGCCCUAUCUCAUAAUGUAAGUUACUGAAUGUAUUAACUUUUUAAACUUAUGUAAAAAGCACAUUAUCUAUAAUCACAAUAGAUGUGCGGCCUGUGAUAUAAAUAGCCACGAACAUGUAUAAAAACAAUAACUCUUGAAUCGUUAUCACACUGUAGUACGGCUGCUCAGCUUUGGAAGUUUUCUACUAUAUUCUGCCUCAUUUAAUUAAAUUAUUAGUUACUUUUCAUUUGAAAUAUAAUCGUGGUAACUAGGAGAUACCAGGAUAAGGACGAGCAAUGAUAAAAGAAGCACAAUAUUGGGUAAAUGGGAACAAGCCAAGCAACAUAAAAAACCCUGUGUCAAAUACCUACCCAGCUAUAAACCAUGGUAUAAGUGCCUAUAGAGGGGCAGGGGGAGUUAAGAGUUAAGAUUCGUUAAUCUGUCAAUAUUUUGCACUGGACUUUAAUUUCCUUUCUUUAUACAUUAAAACUUUGUACACAGUGUGUAGAAUUACAUCCUUGUCUCUUAGAAGUUGUUAAGAGUACACUAGACCCAGCCCGCAGAGCACAACAAAACCCUUGACACAGACCAUUUGCUUGCUGAAUCAUAAUGGUUACAGUGCAAAUGUAAUAAGACAAAGGGCUGAAAAAAAGAUGUAGCAUUAUAUUAUCUUUGAUGAGACACAAUUUACUGCUCUGCAUUUAAGGAUAUCCUCAGUAUUUUUGAGCUAUUUAACAAUGCCACCAAAAUAAAACAAUAACAACAGGAAUUCUGCAGAUGCUGGAAAUUCAAGCAACAUACAUCAAAGUUGCUGGUGAACGCAGCAGGCCAAGCAGCAUCUCUAGGAAGAGGUGCAGUCGACGUUUCAGGCCGAGACCCUUCGUCAGGAC